CGGGCGGCUGAGUCACAACUCUCACUCGGUGCGGGCCCAGCCGGGCCCUGGGUCGGUGACACUGCCCGAGCCAGGGAUGUGACAGGGAUGUCACCGGAAUGUCACCGGGGCCCUGGGGUCACCUCAGUGUCCCCAGCUGGGGGUGGCACCUGCCCUGCACCCCCGGAAUGGAGCUCAAAGUUUGCAUUCAAUCCUCUCGGAGAUCUUUUCCAACCAAAACGAUCCCGGCCCCGGGGAUGUUUCUGUGCACGGCCCCGGUGAUGCUCCAGCCCCGCGGUCCCGUCCUGUCCCCACCGGAGGUCCCCGGGCGGCGCCGCCGAGGCCGCGGCGAGUUCAGGCCGAGUUUGGUCCGGUGCCCAGGCGGGGAGGGAGCGGAGGGACGGACGGACCGACGGACGGCGGCGCCCGGGCGGUGACUGCGCGUCCGUCCGGCCGCAUCAGGAAACCCAACACCGGCGCGGGGCGGACAAAGGCUGCGCUGUCCCCUCCUGCGGCGCGGGUAUAAAAACACCUGAAAAGUCCCCAAAGCUCCCGAACCCCUCGAAACCUCCCGGGGACCGCGACCUGCCCGCAGCCUGCGCCCCGGGCUAGCGGCGUGCCCGGUGCCAUGGCCACGGCCGAGCCCACCGAGCCCACCGAGCCCGCCGAGCCCGCCGAGCUGACGGAGCUGGAGGCGGCCAUCGAGCGCAUCGUCACCGUGUUCAUCACCUUCGCCGCCAAGGAGGGCAAGAAGGGCACGCUGACGGCCGGGGAGUUCAAGGAGCUGGUGAAGCUCCAGCUGCCCAACCUGAUGAAGGAUGUGCCCUCCCUGGAGGAGAAGAUGAGCGAGCUGGACGUGAACAACGACGAGGAGCUGAGGUUUGGCGAGUACUGGCGGCUGAUCGGGGAGCUGGCCAAGGCCGUGCGCAGGGACAAAGCGGCCAAGAAGUGAUGGAGACUCAAAUAAAGAGGUUUCCCUGA